UUUUUUCGUCCCUUCUUCGCAAUCAUACAGCCUGCGCUCUCUCUCUGUCUCCGUCUAGAGAGAGAGAGAGAGAGAGAGAGAGAGAGAGAUCGCUUCCUCCAGCCUGUCAUUCAUAUCGAUCGAAAUCUUCCCAUUUGUCUCCUAUAUAUUCCAGUGAAAUUUAGAAUGCAUUCUCGAAGAAAAGCCCUUUAAGAGGUAUUAUGGCUAGCAAACGAAUUCAAAAGGAACUUCUGGAUUUGCAAAAAGAUCCUCCAACAUCGUGCAGUGCUGGACCUGUUGGGGAGGAUCUAUUCCAUUGGCAGGCAACGAUAAUGGGUCCUGCUGACAGCCCUUAUUCAGGAGGGGUCUUCUUCAUUAAAAUUCAUUUCCCUCCGGACUAUCCUUUCAAGCCUCCCAAGGUCAACUUCCAGACCAAGGUUUAUCACCCGAACAUCAACUCCAAUGGCAGCAUCUGCCUUGACAUCCUGAAGGAGCAGUGGAGCCCUGCCCUGACCAUAUCAAAGGUUCUCUUAUCUAUCUGCUCUCUCCUCACAGACCCCAAUCCCGAUGACCCUCUUGUCCCUGAGAUUGCCCACAUCUACAAGACACAGAGGUCCCGCUAUGAGGAGACGGCCAGAGCAUGGACCCAGAAGUAUGCCAUGGGCUGACAUCCUCCAGUCUGGAAAGAAAAUUGCGAGGUAAAAGAACAUCAUGUUGUGAGAACCAAGACAAUCUAGUUUUUUAUCUUAUGAUGUCUGAGAUGGCUUUGCCAGAUGAAAAGAAGUUUGGCAUGGCAUGCUUGUUUCUGUAUAUCACUGUGGAAUUGGAUCACUGUGACAUAUAUGAAUUUUGUGUUGGUUCUGUUAUAUACUUUCUUAGUACACCUGACAUGUGGUGCAGGUAUCUCUUUGCUUCAAAGCUUUAUAUCACACCUUUGAACUAGCUAUUUUCAUGACUCCAA